AUGGAUUCCACCCGACAGGAAGUCGUCAUCACAAGAUUCAAAAUCGGACACUCUUUUCUAACUCACUCUCAUCUGAUUAGCAAAGACCCUCCACCCACUUGUAAUGAAUGCCUCAUCGACCUUACAGUUCAACACAUCAUCCAAGACUGCACAAAGUACCAGGUCAUAAGAAAUCAACUUAAAAUACCACCGAAUAUGGAAGAAGCACUUGAUGAAAACAAUGUACGUAAAAUCAUUAUAUUCUUAACCAAAACACACCUUAUAAGCAAAUUGUAACACUGUAAUAAUCUACACGUAGCCAAUAAGUUCUUUUUUUUUUUAUUUGUACAUGCUAAUGACCUUUGAUGUUGAAGCCUUANACAAUUUGAUUACAAAUUACAAUGUCUUUGUAUCAAAUUUGUAUAUGUUUCAUAAACAUGAUACCAAAUUGUUAUCAAUCCUGUAAUCUAAUAUUUGACAUAAUUGUAUGCCAAAUAGUUGAUUGUAUGAAACGGUUAAUCAUUAAUUAUUUUCAUGUAAAUUAUUUUCUAUUAAAAUAUUUUUCGUAUAUUAUACUUUCAUAUUUAUUAUUUUUCAGACAAAAUGCGUUGGUUGAUCUCUGGUUUUUGGGAAGGGAGGAAAAUAAACGAAAAAACGUUCUAAAAACCAGAGAUUAACCAAAACGUAUCUAUUGAAAUAUCUUUCGGACCUAUCAGAUUUUCGACUGAAAUAUUUUCCGAUAUUAGCCCCUUGGGCCUCGCUUAUAUAAUGCCACCAGUUUCAAGCACGGAUAUCUUAGUCCGUGGCUUUAAGAUUAUUAUCUAUAAUGGUAACCACGGAUGUUGGUAACCAUUAACCAGCUAUUAUCAUGCAUUAUUUGAUAAUUUUUUUUACUACGGUCGGCUGUAAUAUUUGCAGAAAAAUAAAUUGCCGAUAAAGUAUUUUCGGAUUAACUACAGUUAAAAUAUUAAAAAUAUUGUUCGACAAAAAUUAUUUUCUUCCAAUUUAUUCAGUUGGCUGUAAAACAGUUCAGCCGAUUUAAUUUCUACUUUUUUACGCGCCCCCGUGAAAACUACAAUAGUUUUGUUUAUUCUAUAAUUAUAAAUUAUGGACAUUUGUAUAAAAACUUAACGUACGAUCAUCUAUAAGACACAAGAAGAGAAUCCGUUGCUUCAACUUAUGCAAACGUAUAAACACUUUAUGGAUUGCAAAAUGACAGUCAGUAUUUAAAAUAAUUAAUUAACAAAAUAUUAUAUAUUUAUCUGUAAAUUUAUGUAUACUCUAUUGUCUUACAAAAUUGAUCAUUGCAAUGUGUCGAAAAGUAUAAACUUUUUUAUUUAUAAUUUAAGAAACGAGUACCUGCAAAAUAUUAAAUUAGGAAACAUUAUGUUUGAUGGUGAACAUAUUACCCAUUUUUGAUUUUAAAAUUGUAAAACCCUCAAAAAUAAUGAUAAAAAAUAUUAGUAAUGUAAUAUUUUAAAGCUACUUAUCUCUUGAACUGUAAAAAUAUAAAUUACUAGUUUCAAAAUAUUGUAAUAAUCAGAUAUUUGUUGGACAUCAUAUAUAUAAAUAUACAUUUUUGACUUUUGGUUGAUUGUUUUGUUUACGGCUUAAAUAUACUUUACCCAUUUGUUUUAAACAGCCAUUUGAGGGUUAUUUUGGUUUAGAACAGUCCAAAUGAGCAUAGUGACUAAGUGACGAUGCUAGAUUUUUAGAUGCACACAAAAUUCAUUGGUUUUUCUCCUGUUACCUAAAUUGAGGGGUUUUUUUUUUGUUGCUUAAAAUGAAUUUGUUAACAUUAUUACGAGAUAGCAAAUCACCCUUUUUUUUACGACACUAAAUAGUUCUUAAAAUAACAUUUUUUUUUUAAAUUUAUAUUGCCCAUUUGUAUUUACUAUUUUAUUUAUAUGUGUAAGUAGUAGGUAUAAUAAACAAUAGUUUAACCCUAACAAAAAAAAAAAUUGAAAAUUUGAAGUUUUUAAAUUUUUUUCCUUAACUUCUUCAAUAAUGAAUCAGCAAAAAAAUUUUAAUAUCAGUGUUGAAAAAAAAUAAUUGAAAUUUUUGAGAAACAUGGUAAAUUACAAUUGUUUUUUUGUAUUCAUAGAAAAAAAUGAAAAACUUGGUCUUUAGUUGAAAAUUAAUUUAACAGAAAUUCUGAAGGAAUGGUAUUUCGAACAGGAAUAAAAUUAAGAUUCAAAAAUAUAAAUAUUCAAAACUCUCUUAGUCCCCAUAUACAUUACAAUGAAAGUGCAAAAAAAAAUAAUUGAAAAUGAGAAAACGAAAAUCAGAGGUACCUAAGGUUGGCUCGACUACAAAAUGGACUUUGAUAAAAGUGAUAAAAUGAUAUAUGAAAUAUUCUUUCAUAGACCCAUACCAUGAGACUGAUUACUUUAACUGGUGGUAAAGUGAUAUCAAUGGAGCAAGCAAUGUCAGAUGAAGAGUUUGAUGAUCUGGAUCCUUCAAAUAUAUGUUCUUCUCAGGUUUCAAGGUAUAUGUAAUUAUUAGUCUGUAGUAAUGCAAAUUGCAUUUAUUAUAUUAAAACUUUAUAAAUAAAUGUAUGAGUUAUUUUUUUUUUUUUAUAGACACUGUAUUGAUGAAAGAAGUAAGUGUUAAGAGUUUGUUUUAAAAUGGGUAAAGGCAAGUUUAACAUUUAAUUACAAAACAUGUUUAUUAAAAUGAAGAGUUAAUAUUGUUAAGGUUUUAUAUUAAUAUAAAUUGCUUUCUUUCUUUACUGUAGAUCAUGCAUUAAUAUAA